AUGGCGGUCCCGACCGGCGUUACUCUGGUGGCAUACGCGGACGAUGUCACCGUUCUGGUGGAGGCAAACUCCAGGGCUGAGAUCGAGCGUAAAGCGGCGGCUACCCUCGAACUCGCCGUGCAGUGGGGCGAGCGCAUUUGUAGGGAGUCAAGAAAGUGCACCGGUUACACGCCAAGAGCAGUCCCGGUGCAUCUCCCGUAG